ACUUCUUAUAUCAAACCAACUUAAUUAAACAGUCAUUCUUACUAAAUCUUCUCUUCAAGUAGUGAAUAUUUCAUGAAAAUGGCCUACUCUAAGGCUUUCCUUCUUCUUUCCUGUCUCUCUUUUGUUCUCUUGAUUUCCUCAAUUGUCUCAGCCCGUGAACUUACCGAGUCUACCUCUACUACUAAAAAGACUCAAUCCAGUGAGGAGCCAAAAGAGUUAGAUGGAUAUGGGCACGGAGGUUACGGACAUGGUGGUUAUGGACAUGGUGGACAUGGUGGCCACUACCCACCAGAAGAAGAGGAGACGGAUGUAAAGGAGGAUGUUGAGCUAGAAGGUUAUGGUCGUGAUGGAUAUGGCCAAGGGGGAUACGGUGGUUCAAGGGGUGGGUACGGCGACCAAGGUGGGUAUGGUGGUUCAAGGGGUGGAUACGGCCAAGGUGGAUAUGGUGGUUCAAGGGGUGGAUACGGCGACCAAGGUGGGUAUGGUGGUUCAAGGGGUGGAUACGGCCAAGGUGGGUAUGGUGGUUCAAGGGGUGGGUACGGUGACCAAGGUGGAUAUGGUGGUUCAAGGGGUGGAUACGGCCAAGGUGGCUAUGGACAUGGCGGAUAUGGCGGUCGCUACCCGCCAAAUGAGGAGAAUAACAACUAAAUAGACGAAUGAAGUUAUACAUUUAGCUAGUUUGCGUUGUUAUUGGCAUGCAUGCAAUGCAAUGCAACCUUAUGUAAAAUGAUAUUCCUUUCGAUUUUCAAAAUGUAUUGUUAAUAAGCAUGUUCUACGUUUAAGACUUUCGUAUAUGUUAAGUAAAUAUAAAUUAAAUCAUUAUACUA